ACGGCCGCCUGCGCAGACACGUCUGGAUAAUCUCGCGGAUUAUUCGUAGGUACUUAAGCAACGACGUCUUGUGGCAGUUAAGUGCAGGAAUGAAGGCCGUCACAAGCAGACGGUGCAGCGUGGCUGACGGUUGUAGUGUGGCAGGUGUCUUCAAGAACACUGCGGGCAUAUGGCCGCAUACCAGACUUACCACCAAUGGGGAAAUGGUUGAAGAGGUGCAGUUGGCCGAAAUGAAGCCAGCUACGUGGCCUCAGUUACUUGCUGCUGUUGUCGUGAACCUGAACACGUUCGCCUCGGGCUCAGCCAUGGUGUGGCCGGCGAUGGCACUGCCGCAGCUGGUAUCUGCAGAGAGCGGCCUCAGAGACCGGCCUCUGACGGCGGACGAGGCAUCCUGGGUGGCGUCUCUCCUGCUACUCAGCGCGCUCGUCGUCAUUCCCCUGUUUGCGGUUGCCAGCGCACACGUGGGUCGCAAAACGCUCGGAUACGUCAUAAUAACACCGUUGCUGGCUAGCCUGAUCAUCCAGAUGUUCUCUGUUUCGAUCGAAGCUCUCUACAUUGCAAGGGUGCUGGCCGGUGUGCAGGUUGGUGGCACCCUGAUGCUGACGGCUCUGUACGUCAGCGAGACCGCCAGCGACGAGGUACGUGGCAGCCUGGGCUGCAUGCUGCCCCUGCUGUGCAACAGCGGCAUCCUGUUCGCGUACGUGAUCGGCGCUUUCCUGCCUUACUACAGCGUGCUGUACGUGAACCUCGCUCCUGCAGUCAUCUUCAUCAUCAGUUUCGCCUUCAUGCCUGAGACGCCAUAUAGGCUGGCAACCGUUCAUCAGUAUGAGCAGGCGAGAAAGGCACUGAGGUGGCUGCGCCGUGGGAUCUCAGACGAGCAGGUGGAGCGCGAGAUGGAGCGCAUACGGUCAUCGCUGGUUGCAGAUGGCACGAAGGAGGGCAGCGCUGGACGCGUCUCGCUCAGGGAGAUCUGCUCCAGGGCCUCACUGAAGGGCUUCGCUAUCGUCAUCGUCCUUGCGGCCAACUUGCAGUUCUGCGGCUCCUAUGCUGUACUCAACUACGCCGUCAUGAUGUUCGACGAGGCUGGAGGAUCUGUACCUUCCGAGGUGGCAACAAUCGUCCUAGGUGCCCUGCAGGUAGUUGGCACUGCAGCUUCCGUGGUGGCGGUGGACCGCCUAGGUCGACGACCCCUCCUGUUCCUCUCUAAUGGGGUUGUAGGGACUUCUGUCACAGUCAUGGGGGUCUACAUGUACCUCAAGCAAGAGACGCAGACGGACCUGUCUUCCGUCGGCUGGCUGCCUGCCACAUGUCUCUCGAUAUACGUCCUGAUGCUGGCCUUUGGGCUGAACUCACUGCCAUACGUGGUGCUCUCGGAGAUCGUGGCUCCGAGGAUCAGAGGUCUGGCCGCCAUAGCUACGUACACAGUGAUUAUUGGCGCUGCGACAAUCAUGACCAAACUUUAUCCAGCCAUGUCAGAGGCAAUGGGAGCUUAUGGUAGCUUCUGGUUCUUCGCAGCUGUCUGUCUGACCUGCGCUGUCAUUGGGUGGUGGUUGCUGCCAGAAACCAAGGGACGACCUCUAGAAGACAUCCUAAAGGAACUCAACGGUUCAAAAGACGUCAUUGUUAGCAGCUCCUAAUGAAGUGCUCUAAAUGCAUCACAAACGUCUGUGAAUGAGUCACCCCACCAUUUACAUAAUGUUUAAUCCUCUGUGUGCAGUUUUAAAAUUUAGGGGAGCAUUGCAUUACAUUGCCUCAUGAGCUGAAAUAUGCUUCUUGACUAAUGAUUUGACGUAUAGUCCUGAACUGUGUUCUUCACCCAUCGGUUUGACAAAGCUGUUCAUAUAGCUACUGAUAUAAACACGAAAUGGUCUCAGCAUACGAUAUCGUCCCAAGUUCUGCUUCCCAGGUACCUCUUCAAAGUCUGUAUUUAACUGCCCACCAGUGAAAACCUGAAAAUAUACUUAAGACUUAUGGUAAGUAGAGAACUCCAGUAUGCAUACUCAGAAUGUUUCAUACCUGAAAAAGCUUUAUUAUCGCAACAUUUUCAUAUGUUUUCUGUCAUUGUACAUAAUUCACCUUGAGUGUUCUGGGACAAACAUAAAUGACCAAGCUGUACAAGUAGUGAUUAAGGUCCUUGACUCUGUGUCCAAGUUUAUAUGUCGUUCUCUUGCUCGCCUCUCAGUUGUGCAACGCUGGGGCAUUCUUUACUGGAACAUAGUAAAGAGCAGGUGAGUUUUUACAGAAGGAGAAUUGAUAUCUUUAUAUUUGAGAAAGGCUACCUGUAAUACUUAUCUGCGGAGAUUAAAUCUUGUUUCUAAAUAUUUGUUAUUGAUUCUGCUGAUAAAGAAGAUUCCUUGAAGGAAUUUUUCAAGAAAUCAAUGCAUCUGCAAGAAUGAAAUGUUGGUCAGAAGAAUUGAAGGAAAUUUUUGUCCCUUAGCUAACUGCUAAUAUUGAUGACUAGUAUUGUUUGAGCCUUUUGUUAACAUUAAGUCACAAGUAGUGGAAUUAAUUUAAAUGUCUAUAAUUUUUUAGUAAUAAGAGAAUUUUAUAAUUCUUAGCGUUUCCUAAUGCUGUAGAAUAUUUUUGACAAUAAUUAGAGUUUAAUUUUAAAGAACGACUUUGUUUAAAGGAAAACCCUCCUCCAUCUUUCUUACUUAAGUUUUAAUAUUUUGUUUUGUGUGCAUUGCACCUUACGCCUAACGCAGCCACAGAUUGUUUCUGACAGGUAUAAACAAAUUUUGUAGUCAGCUGAUUAUUCUCCUUUACCUGCUGCAUCUGGUGAUUUCUAUCUGCUUUCAAGAACGUCAGUACCCCAGACACAAAACACUAUGCUGACAAGGGAACACCCCCCCCCCUCAGAUUAAGCGAUAAGAUGGCUCAAUGGAUAGCCCGUCAGAAACUGUACACAGAUGAAGCAUGAAAACAGGAGGAAGUUGUACUGAAUUAUUAAAAAAAA